CAAGAGAUUGUAAAAAUAAAAAUUCAAAGAGCUGAAUGGUGUUUUGAAAAUUUGAAAAAAGCAGUUGAUGAUGUAUUAAAAUAUGGAAGAAGUCAAAAGAAAAUCUACCAAGACAGACAUUGAGAAGUUGUAUAAAUAAAGUUAAAAAUGGUGCUGAUUUAAACAAAGUUCUUGGUCGACCAAGAACACUAAGCAAAGUUCAAGAACUGAAUUAGCAUUAUUAUUGAAAUGGAAAAAAGAUUGUUUGGGUUAACAAAGAUAGACAUAAGGCGACUAGCAUAUCUUUUUUGUGAAGUUAAUUGCAUCACACAUAAGUUUAACAAAAAAAGUCAAUGUGCAGGAGAAGAUUGGAUACGUUCAUUUUUAAACUCAAACUCAAACUUAUCUUUAAGAAAACCAAAACCAACUCCGAUGCCACGUGCAUCCCAAUUUAACAAGGAAAAAGUUGAUCAUUUUUCUGAUGCCUUAGAGUCAAAUAUAUUUAAUCAGUAUGGUAAAAUUGUAAUCCCACCAAGUCGCAUCUAUAAUGCUGAUGAAAGUGGCUUUUCAGUUUGUCAUACUCCUGGCAAAAUUGUUGCUCUGAAAGAAAAGUAGGAGCAAUAACAAGUUAAGAAAAAACCAUUACAAUGUUAUGCUGUGUGAGUGCUGUUGGGGCAUAUGUGCCUCCUAUAAUUAUUUAUCCUCGUGUACGCAUGAAGCCAUCUUUUAUGGAUCAAGCACCCCAAGAAGCAUUUGGAAUGGCAACAAAAAAUGGUUGGAUAAAUGAAGAACUGUUUGAUAUCUGGUUUGACCAUUUCAUACAAUUUACUCAACCGCCAAACUACAAUACCCCAACUUUACUUAUAUUAGACGGUCAUAGCAGAAACAAUGUGAAUAUAUUAAGCCUUCUAAGUCAUUAUAUCCAUAAAAUGCAUCCACUAGAUAUUUCUUUUUUUAAAUCCUUAAACUCACGAUACAAUUCAAUUGUGCAGUCAUGGCAUCGCCUACACCCUGGUAGACCAGUAAUAGAGGCCGAAUUCGGAAAUCUGUUCAGCACUGCUUAUGGCGAGGCUGCUUCAGUGAGUAAAGCUGAGAGCGGAUUUCGUAAAUCAGGAAUUCAUCCUUUUAAUCGUCUCAUUUUCACAGAUGAAGAUUUUAUAGCAGCUGCAGUGACAAAUCAAGAACAAAACACUUCUAACAUCACACUCAGUGAUUCACAGGAAAAAGUAACAAACAACCAGACCAAUCUAACCAGAACACAUUCUAUUUUAAAACAAUGCAGUAGUCCUGUCACUAAAACAUUUUCACAACUGCUUGAUGAGUCUGUAUCUCUUAAUAAAACUUCAAGAAAACGAAGAUCUGUUCAACAUGCUACUAUAGUUACCAGUUCACCAUAUAGAUCUGUUCUUGAAAAUUCUAAAACAAAAAAAAAUGUUGAAUACAAAAACCUCAGCAAAAUUAAGAUAUACACACAGUAAAGGGAAAAUCAAUUUAAAUGUUGCCAGUGAGGUUCCAAGUAAGAUUAACAAACCACAAGAUGAAGUGCUAGAGAACGCAGGUAUUUCAGCUAAUAAAGACAAAACAAAAAAUGAAAAUAGCAGGAUUAAUCAAACAUUUUGUAUAAUAUGUGAAGAUUUGUACAAUGAGUCUGAAGUGCCAUGGAACCAAUGUAGUCAUUGCAAGAGUUGGUACUGUGAAUCGUGUACUGAAAAAAAAACAAACUAAAAUCUGUUGUUGUUUUUUUUUGUAGUAAUUGUGUAUAAAAUGUUACUUUUGACAGUUUUAUCUUUAGAAAAUUAUGUUGUGUUAUGUUAUUAAACAAAUAGUUGUUAUAAAACAUUCUUAUUAUGAUGAACAUUUUAU